GAUUAAUGGUAGUAGUAGUUUUGUUGGCUUCUUUUUGACGCUCGGCGGCCAAUCGAAUUGACCACCAUAUACUUGUCCCAUUUCCCCUUCAAUCGGUGUGGUCCGGCGGCUCACACAGGCACAGCCGGCCUGCUGCUUGGUCAAGCAUGGAGGAGCAGCUACUCGUCCCCGGUUCACCGGGCAUCGAGAAGAAGGGAGAAGACGAGAGCUUGGUGCUGAGCGAGGUGAAGAAGCAGCUGCGCCUCGCCGGGCCACUGGUCGUCGGCUGCCUCCUGCAGAACGUGGUCCAGAUGAUCUCCGUCAUGUUCGUCGGCCACCUCGGCGAGCUCGCGCUCUCCGGCGCCUCCAUGGCCACCUCCUUCGCCAACGUCACCGGCUUCAGCUUGCUGGCCGGCAUGGCGUGCAGCCUGGACACGCUGUGCGGGCAGGCCUACGGCGCCAGCCAGCACCGCAUGCUAGGCGUGUACAAGCAGCGGGCGAUGCUGGUGCUGUCCCUCACGAGCGUGCCCGUGGCGGCGCUCUGGGCGUACACGGGCCGGAUCCUGCUGCUCCUCGGGCAGGACCCGGAGAUCGCGGCGGGCGCCGGCAGCUACAUCCGCUGGAUGAUCCCGGCGCUGCUGGCGUACGGGCCGCUGCAGUGCCACGUCCGGUUCCUGCAGACGCAGAACAUCGUGGUGCCCGUGAUGCUCAGCUCCGGCGCCACGGCGCUGAACCACCCGCUGGUGUGCUGGGCGCUGGUGCACGGGCUCGGCAUGGGGAGCAAGGGCGCCGCCCUCGCCAACGCCGUCUCCUUCCUCACCAACCUCUCCAUCCUCGCGCUCUACGUCAGGCUCUCGCCGUCCUGCACGACCACCUGGACGGGGUUCUCCCGCGAGGCGUUCCGCGGCCUCCUCGAGUUCCUCAAGCUCGCCGUGCCGUCCGCCCUGAUGGUCUGCAUGGAGUGGUGGUCGUUCGAGCUGCUGGUGCUGCUCUCCGGUCUGCUCCCCAACCCCAAGCUGGAGACGGCGGUCCUGUCCAUCUGCUUGAACACCAACUCCCUGGCGUUCAUGGCGCCGCUCGGGCUCGGCGGUGCCAUAAGCACGCGCGUGUCGAACGAGCUCGGGGCGGGGCGGCCGGCGGCGGCACGUCUAGCGGCGCGCGUGGUGAUGCUGCUGGCGGUGGCGGUGGGCGCGUCGGAGGGGCUGGUGAUGCUCCUGGUGCGCAACGUGUGGGGGUACGCCUACAGCAACGAGGCGGAGGUGGCCGCCUACGUCGGCCGGAUGAUGCCCAUCCUCGCCAUGUCCGUCGUGUUCGACGGCCUCCAGUGCGUCCUCUCGGGCGUUGUCAGGGGAUGCGGGCAGCAGAAGAUUGCGGCGGUCGGCAACCUCGGGGCGUACUACCUCGUCGGCAUUCCCGCGGCCUUCUUCUUCGCCUUCGUCUUCCACCUUGGAGGAAUGGGGCUCUGGUUCGGCAUAUGGUGCGGGCUGGUGGUGCAGAUGAUCUCGCUGCUCGCCAUCUCCGAGUGCGCGACCGACUGGGACAAAGAGGCGGUGAAGGCAAAGGACAGAGCCUUCACUUCUUCGCUGCCUCAAGACAUGGCAACGUGAGACGCGCAUGGAACCGGAUGAUAUUUUUGACGCCAAACGAAAUUUAUCCAAAAAACAUGCGCUGAGAACUCGAUGCAAUGUAACAUGACAUGAUACUGUAGCAGCAGCCGAUCCAAUCGCUACGAAUCAACUGCAUUUGACGUUCCUUGGACCGGAUCGAUGUGUGUGUCAUGUGUCUGUGCAUGAACGAUGAUGUUGCUUCACUUGUUC